UCUUAAUUUAGAAUUUAAAAUUUAUUAAAAAAUAUUCAAAGUCAAUAAUAAAUGAACAACUACAAAGAUAUUAUAUUCUAUUUAUAUACUCCCUUCCAAAAUUCAUUAAUUGCAGGUACAUAAAAACGAUGCUUUUGAAAAAAUUCUUAAUGAAGUGAAUCUGCUAAUAAAAAAUUGUAAUAAGCAAUAAAAUAUUCUAACAUAUAUAUUAUACAUCAAUAAACAAAUAUACCUUCAUGAAACAACCACUAAGUCGGACAUACAAUUUACAAAGAUUACAUAGCCUAAGAAUGUCAGUGCCAACUUAUUUUUACUUGAAUCUCACGAAUUCCUUUCUUAUCUUUAUCAGCUUAAGAUAAUCAAUUAUGAAAAAUUCCAUGCUGCAAAUUCUACACAAUUAUUUGACAGUUAUACGGAAACAAUUGUAUCUGAGAAGUUACAUAUCUCUCUAAUUCGCUAUAUUUGGACGAAAAUUUCAGUUUACAUAGGCAUAUCAGAUUCAAAGUUGGAAGGAAAGUUAUCAUGAGUACAGUUGUACCAAAAGAUACUUACGUAAUGAGUUAUGGAGUUUUUUACCUUUUAGGAAUAAUGCUUGUAGUACCUCACUUUUUUUAUUUGAAUGCAUUUGAUUUUUGGAUGUACAGAUUUGAUGAAAACCGCAAUAAUAACCGUAAGAAUAUGAAUUCGUCGUUAAUUACACUGGGAAACAAAUUCUCAAUGACACCGUUCAAUAAGGAUAUUGUUCUUAAACCAGCAAAAAUAAUUCUUUUUCGCUCGUUUGAAGAAGAAAAUACUGAAUCAACAGAUCGAAAUAGAUUCCAAGUGAACGUUACGUCAGCAUUAUCUCUCAAUUUUCAGACUUUGAUGCUGCUUUGUCUGAUAUUCUUCCUUAUGUAUUGUAAAAAGUUACCUCCUCCCAAGAGAAGACUAGCCUGCUGUCUGUGUUCUAUAUCAAUAAUUUUUUCUAUUUCCAUCAUCAUUACACAGAUCCAAGUCACGAGUAGACCUCCUGUGCUUUUUUCAAUAACGAUGGUCUUUACAACUAUUUUGAAUUGUCUAUCUGGAACUGCGAUGGCUACCCUCUAUGAAUUAAUAACCGAGUUCCCUACAAAGUGUUUAAUCUAUCUCCAGUGCGGUCAGUGUAUUUGCGGAAUAUUGGCUGGAAUUUUACGGAUAGCUCUUAUACCCACACGUAUGAGGCAAGAUCAGAUUACAGCUAUUUAUUUUUCUUUUGGAUCUUUUAUCAUGAUUUCUGUAACAAUCUAUUAUUGUUAUGUGGUGAAGACUUCAAAAUUUUUUAUUUACAGUAUUAGUCAAAUGGGUGGUGGGCAACAGGACGAGAGACUACUCAAAAGAGUCAAAUUAAAAAAAGUAUUAAACAAGGGAAAAUGGUUUUAUGCUGCAAUAUUCUUCGCAUAUGGUACUACUCACGCAGUGAAUCCAGGGUUAUUGAUACUAGUUCUUCCGACAAUUGCAGAUAGCUAUUGGAAAAAAAUUUACUUCGUUCCUGUUAUCACAUUACUGGGUUUUCAUGGAUUUCUUCUUCUGGGUCGUGAAUUAUCUAGGUUAAUUAAAACUCCAAAAAAUGGGUUGAUACUUUUCAUAUUUUCUGUGCUACGAAUCAUUUUCGUUCCACUGUUUAUAUUUUGCAAUGCUCGUCCAAGAAAAGGUCUUCCGGUUUAUUUCGAGGACAAUGACUAUAUCAUAAUCAUGGCUGUGUUUGGUAUCACGGAGGGUAUAUUAGUAAUCAAGUCAUUACUAGCCAUGUUACCAUUAUUCGAAGGUGAUGAAAGAAAGGCAGCUAUGAUAUUUGUACCACUGGUUUCAGCAUCUGCUCUUACAGCUGGCUCUAUAAUAAAUGUUUUGAUAACCAAUAUGAUAUAAAUGUAGAAUUUAUUAUAUUAUACGAUUAUACAGCAAAUAUUUUGUAAUAUAGAUAAAAUAACUCGAAAAAUGUCUUCUCCGGGCAAAAAGCUGAUAGAAUUUGUUUUUGCUUCGAAGAUAAAAUGGUACUUUAGUAAUUUAGUACGGUACGAAACAGAUGUUCAUGGACAAGACAACGAAGGAGGACGAGUACUGUAAUAAUAACUUCACGGACAUAUCUCGUAAUAUUUUUAUAUAUUGUUUACGGUUUUAAAUAAAAAGCAAAAUUAUAUUAAAAUAUGAAAUGUCAUAUUUGACAAUUUCACUGUAAAUAGCUCUUUUGAUUAUUGUCUUAUUAUCUAAAAAAAUAAUUAAAAUACUAUUUUCUUCAUACCUCGGUCGAAAGUACGUUCUUUCGACCCUAGUAGCAGGGACGAAAGUUCAACAUUUACUCCCUGUAGAAAGUACACCUACGUCCUCCAUAACAACGGAAGGAAAAAAUUUCUCAUGCGUAUUUAUACUUGUAACUAGGGACUAUUUAUUCUGUUGCUAUGACAAAUCUUUAUAAAUAAUUAUUAUUGUCAUAAAAAGUGAAAUUAAUAACGUUCUUUCGAGCGGCUAUGAAGAAAAAUCGUAUACACUACACGGACUGAAAGUUAAAAUCUCGGCCCUGCUCGUCAUGAUGCCCGAGGCGAGGCCCUUGUGGUGUAAUAUACUAUUAAAAAACUUCAGUACAUGUGUUAAAUCAACACUACACAUCUUCCAGCAUUAUUGAAAAUACAGAAGUACAUCUAGUGAUUCCUACAAUAAAUGUUUCUGGUAACAAUAGUGGCACUAUUACUGUUAACAUCCAAAAAUUAUAAUAAAAGUUCAGUUAUUGAUGUUAAUUGAUUUCUUAUUUCUAGUUCUAUCAAAUGGAUUGGAAGAAUUUGAGAGUACUGUAAAGUCCACUUUACAGUACUACAGUAGGAAAAAACCU